AUGGCUUUUCUGUUCAGUCCAAUCUACAUAGUAACUGCCUUUCUUUCUCUUGGCCUUUCCAUAAUCUUUAUUCAUGCAUUCAUAAUCACAGUGCUACAGAAGCAUAGCAACAACAAGAAGUACCAUCCAAUUGGAGGCACCAUUUUUCACCAUGUUAUCAACUUCCAUAGGUUGCACCAUUAUAUAACUGAUCUUGCUAGGAAGUACAAGACUUGCAGAUUAAUCACACCUUUCAGGAGUGAGGUUUACACUGUAGACCCUGUAAAUGUUGAGUACAUCCUCAAAACAAACUUUGAGAAUUAUGGCAAGGGGGAAUAUAAUAACAGCAUUCUGAAGGACCUGUUAGGUGAUGGGAUUUUCACCGUUGAUGGGGAGAAGUGGCGUGAACAGAGAAAGGUGUCGAGCCACGAGUUCUCCACAAGAGUGUUAAGGGACUACAGCAGUGUGGUCUUCAGAAAAAGUGCAGCAACUCUUGCUCACAUAUUGUCUGAAGCAGCAAACAAGGAGGAGUCAGUUGAUAUGCAAGCAAGUUACCCAAUCCCAGCUUCCUAA